GCAGGGGCGGACUGACCAUUUGGAAACUCGGGCACUGCCCGAGGGCCCGAGGUGAGUAGGGGGCCCCAUGAGAUGCCCCUGGUACCUUUUUCAUAGGCUUUUUUGAGUUUGGGCAAGGACACAGGGGCCCUAUGAUCCCCUGUUGCCCGGGGGCCCCAUGAGUUGUCAGUCCGCCCCUGGUGCCUUGUUUGCCUUGCGGCAGGGGCGGACUGACCAUUCAAGCACUUGGGCACUGCCCGAGGGCCCGGGGUUAGUAGGGGACCCCAUGAGAUGCUCCUGGUAUUUUUUCAUAGGCUUUUUUGGGUGUGGUUUGAGUGUGGAUGAGGAUUUAGGGGCCCCAUGAUCCCCCAUUGCCCGGGGGCCCCAU